AUGGCCUACCGGACGCUGGCUGGCUCGCAGUCGGGCCUGGUGGACAAUCUGAUAGAGGUUGGGGUUGUCCGAUCGCCGGAGGUGGAGGCGGUGCUGCGCUCGAUCGACCGCAGGCACUUUGCAGAGGGCGCAGACUGGGCGUACAUGGAUGCGCCGCAGUCGAUCGGCUACGCCGCCACCAUCAGCGCGCCGCACAUGCACGCCUAUGCGCUGGAGCUGCUGCUAGACCAGCUGAGGCCGGGGGCCAAGGUGCUGGAUGUGGGCAGCGGCACCGGGUACCUGACCGCCGCGUUUGCCAAGCUGGUGAGCCGCGGCGGCGCGCCGGGCAAGGCGGUGGGCAUUGAGCACAUCCCCGAGCUGCAGCGCCAGGCGGAGCAGAACAUUGGCAGGGACGAGGCGCUGGCGCAGAUGAUGAGGCAGGGCCACCUGGCGCUGGUGGUGGGCGAUGGGCGCAAGGGGUACCCCGCCGAGGCGCCGUACGAUGCCAUCCACGUGGGGGCAGCUGCGCCGCGGCUGCCGCAGGAGCUGGUGGAGCAGCUGGCUCCGGGCGGGCGCAUGGUGGUGCCUGUGGGCCCCGAGGGCGGCAUGCAGUCGCUGGCGGUUGUGGACAAGGGCGCGGAUGGGAGCGUGCGUCGCCGCAAUGCCAUGAACGUCGCCUAUGUGCCUCUCACUAGCAAGGACCACCAGCUGGGGUCUGCCUCUGACAGCGAUUGAGCUCAGGGCAGGCGCCCGCAGUCAGUCCAGCCCAGCCUGUCGCCGCACCUCGCUGUGGCGGCCCGCUGGCUCCAAGCCGCCCGAGGCUCGGGCCGCACCUCUAAGCCUGUAACCGUUGCCUCUGCUUUCAUUAUGCAUUUGCAUGCUUCUGUAUUUGACUCUGCCCUGCUUCUGCUGCUCCAGCUGUUUGUUCUUGUGUCCAGCCUCCCGCCCCGGGCGGGAGCCCUGCCUCCCGCUGCCUGCCGCCACGGCCAUGCAUUUCUCUUGCAACACCAGUUUACAGCUC